GAAAUGGUUUUAAAAUCUUUUUUUUUUUGCCACCUUGGACUAUUUUGAUGAGUGAUGAGUGAUGACGAUGAACAGCAGAAACAGGCAGGACCGUAGGGGCAGCAACAGGCCAACGGCGUGAAGUUGUGAACUGGUGAUGCUUUUGUUGGCUUUUCGUCCAUGCGUACCAACUACCACGGCAUGGCAGUAUGAGUAGAUCCGAGAAUCUGACAAUCCAAGCGUCCUGCACUCCUGCUCCACCUCGAUUCCUCCACAGCACACUCCCAAAACCAGAGCCACGCCGGCCGGCACACCGUCGCCUCCUUUGACUAGCCUCGCCGCCGCAGCGACAGCCAUGGCCACCGCUGCCCGCUCCCUCCACCUCCCUGGUCCGACGCCUCCUAAAUCCUCUACCCCCUCCUCCCACCGCCUCCCUGUCCCUUGCCACCUCCGCCCCCAACGCCGCCGCCUGGCCGCCUCGUCCUCCGACCUCACCUCCUUCCCCGAACCGCCCCCCGCCCCGAACGGCGUCUACGUGCCGUGGGCGGCGGCCUCCUCCGUGGCCGCGGCCGCGGCCUCCAUCGUCGUGGACGCCGCCACCGAGGCGGAGCUGCGGGAGAACGGGUUCCGGAGCACGCGCCGCACCAAGCUCGUCUGCACCGUGGGCCCCGCCACCUGCGGCGCCGCCGAGCUCGAGGCGCUCGCCGUCGGCGGCAUGAACGUCGCGCGGGUCAACAUGUGCCACGGCGACCGCGAGUGGCACCGCGAAGUCAUCCGCGCUGUCCGGAGGCUCAACGACGAGAAAGGGUUCGCGGUCGCCGUGAUGAUGGACACCGAGGGCAGCGAGAUCCACAUGGGCGACCUUGGCGGAGCGCCCUCCGCGAAGGCCGAGGAUGGAGAAGUUUGGACAUUUAGCGUUAGAUCUUCUGACACGUCGCUCCCAGAUCGAAUCAUUCAUGUGAACUAUGAUGGCUUUGCUGAAGAUGUCAAAGCUGGUGAUGAACUAUUUGCGGACGGUGGAAUGGCCAGGUUUGAGGUGAUUGAAAAGUUAGGGCCAGAUGUGAAGUGCCGCUGCACUGAUCCUGGUCUGUUGCUGCCACGGGCUAAUCUUACUAUAUGGCGCGAUGGCAGUGUAGUGCGAGAGAGGAACGCUAUGCUUCCUACAAUUUCGUCGAAGGAUUGGAUUGACAUAGAUUUUGGAAUUGCUGAAGGUGUUGAUUUCAUCGCCGUGUCAUUUGUCAAGUCUGCUGAAGUAAUUAAUCAUUUGAAGAGUUACAUUGCUGCGAGGAGCCGUGGAAGUGAUAUAGGGGUCAUUGCAAAGAUUGAGAGCAUCGAUGCUUUGAAGAACCUGGAGGAGAUUAUCCGUGCAUCAGAUGGAGUAAUGGUAGCCAGAGGGGACUUGGGGGCACAAAUCCCCCUGGAACAGGUCCCUUCCAUACAGCAAAGAAUAGUUAGAAUGUGCAGACAGCUCAACAAGCCAGUCAUUGUUGCUUCUCAGCUUCUGGAAUCAAUGAUCGAGUAUCCUACACCUACUAGGGCUGAGGUUGCUGAUGUUUCUGAGGCAGUCCGCCAGCGUGCAGAUGCUCUCAUGCUUUCUGGUGAGUCGGCCAUGGGGAGGUACCCAGAGAAGGCUCUCAGCGUCCUUAGGAGUGUUAGCCUGAGGAUCGAAAGGUGGUGGAGAGAGGAGAAGCGCCAAGAGGCACUGGAGCUUCAAGGUGUCUCGUCUUCCUUUUCUGACAAGAUAUCAGAGGAAAUAUGCAAUUCAGCAGCUAAAAUGGCCAACAACUUAGGAGUCGACGCCGUUUUCGUUUACACGAAGGAUGGCUACAUGGGCUCCCUGCUCUCACGAUGCCGCCCCGACUGCCCGAUCUUCGCCUUCACGUCUUCGACGUCUGUCAGGAGACGGCUGAACCUCCAGUGGGGCCUCAUCCCGUUCCGGCUGAGCGAGUCCGACGACAUGGAGAGCAACCUCAACCGCACCUUCUCCCUGCUGAAGGCCAGGGGCAUGGUGCAGUCUGGAGACCUGGUGAUCGCGCUCUCCGACAUGCUGCAGUCCAUCCAAGUGGUGAAUGUGCCCUAGGAAUACGAUCCCCAUGUCCAGCUGGUUCCUUGACCUGGAAUGUAGCAUACAAUUAGGAGGGGCUUCUUUUUUUGUUUGUUUGUUUGUCAUUUGAGUGUAUCCCAGUUCGUAGCAUGUUUCUGCCUCAUGUUGAGGCUCUCUGGAUGUCGAUAUUGAUUUGCGUCAGUGUGGUUUAGGUUCGGACUCGAAUGCUCGAUUUGAAAAUUCGAACAGAACUCGGUUUGCAUCAGUGUCAUGAUUAACUCAAACCAUUGUUCUGUACUAUAUCAGAACGUGUUACUACUUAUCUUAGUGUCA